CGCCAGAUAACCUUUGGAGCGAACAGACGUCUUGCGCAUGGAAGGCAGGGCACUUCCUGGUUUUUCCUCAGUUAGUUUCUUGCUUGCCAGAGUGCUUUCUAUAUUAAGUAAUGAGGGAAAUUGGCAUCCACCCACCUAACUAAUAGGUCUGCACGUAUGUACAUUUCCAUAUGAGACACAGGAAACAUCGAAACCAAGUGGUUUUGUAGUUUAACGAUGGACUCGGAAAUUCAAGCGUGAAUAGUGAGACACAACAAGGGGUACUGCUAACUACCUCCACGCUAGCAAGGAUAACUAGCUAGUUAACGUAAGCUAGCUAAUUAUGUACAACCAGCUACGAUUUACUGUUGUCAAUAGCUAACGUUUGCGUGACAGACAAUCAAACCGAGUAACGUUACUCUUCUCUGAAAACUAUUCCCUCAACCAGGAAAGAGGUGAGUUGAAAUCAUCGUGGUUGUUUCUACCGUUGCCUAGCUAACUAACCAAGUACGUAAAGCCAUCAAAUCUAUGAAAUCAUGCUAAUCAUUGGAGCUACCAAGCUUGCUCGCAUUAUAUUCUCUGACAGCAGAAUCUAGAUUUUUUUAAUUAGCUAAUGAACCAUGUUACUGGGCUAUUAUUCUAACUCAAUAACAGUGAUUGUGACUUAACAUAGAAGCAGGUCAACUUAUCAAAAGACCGGUUUUAUUCAACUUUAGUCAUCUUACUAUUACAAUCAGUGGAAGGUGUUUGUUAGGAAAUUUCAAAAUAUAUACAGGUAAAAGUCAGUAAAUUAGAAUAUUUUGAAAAACUUGAUUUAUUUCAGUAAUUGCAUUCAAAAGGUGUAACUUGUACAUUAUAUUUAUUCAUUGCACACAGACUGAUGCAUUCAAAUGUUUAUUUCAUUUAAUUUUGAUGAUUUGAAGUGGCAACAAAUGAAAAUCCAAAAUUCCGUGUGUCACAAAAUUAGAAUAUUGUGUAAGGGUUACAUUUUGAAGACACCUGGUGCCACAAAAUAAUCAGCUGAUUAACUCAAAACACCUGCAAAGGGCUUUAAAUGGUCUCUCAGUCCAGUUCUGAAGCCUACACAAACAUGGGGAAGACUUCAGAUUUGACAGCUGUCCAAAAGGCGACCAUCGACACAUUGCACAAGGAGGGAAAGACACAAAAGGUUAUUGCAGAAGAGGCUGGCUGUUCUCAGAGCUCUGUGUCCAAACACAUUAAUAGAGAGGCAAAGGGAAGGAAAAACUGUGGUCAGAAAAAGUGUACAAGCGAUAGGGAUCACCGCGCCCUAGUCAAGAUUGUGAAAAAAAACCCAUUCAAAAAUGUGGGGGAGAUUCACAAGGAGUGGACAGCUGCUGGAGUCAGGGCUUCAAGAUCCACCACCAAGAGACGCUUGAAAGACAUGGGUUUCAACUGCCGCAUACCUCGUGUCAAGCCACUGUUGACCAAGAAACAGCGCGAAAAGCGUCUCACCUGGGCUAAGGAAAAAAAGAGCUGGACUGCUGCUGAGUGGUCUAAAGUCAUGUUUUCUGACGAAAGCAAAUUUUGCAUUUCCUUUGGAAAUCGAGGUCCCAGAGUCUGGAGGAAGACAGGAGAGGCACAGGAUCCACGUUGCCUGAAGUCUAGUGUAAAGUUUCCACCAUCAGUGAUGGUUUGGGGUGCCAUGUCAUCUGCUGGUGUCGGUCCACUCUGUUUCCUGAGAUCAAGGGUCAACGCAGCCGUCUACCAGCAAGUUUUAGAGCACUUCAUGCUUCCUGCUGCUGACCUGCUCUAUGGAGAUGGAGAUUUCAGGUUCCAACAGGACUUGGCGCCUGCACACAGCGCAAAAUCUACCCGUGCCUGGUUUACGGACCAUGGUAUUUCUGUUCUAAAUUGGCCAGCCAACUCCCCUGACCUUAGCCCCAUAGAAAAUCUGUGGGGUAUUGUGAAAAGGAAGAUGCAGAAUGCCAGACCCAACAACGCAGAAGAGUUGAAGGCCACUAUCAGAGCAACCUGGGCUCUCAUAACACCUGAGCAGUGCCAGAAACUCAUCGACUCCAUGCCACGCCGCAUUAAUGCAGUAAUUGAGUAUUGAGUAUUGUACAUGCUCAUAUUUUUCAUUUUCAUACUUUUCAGUUGGCCAACAUUUCUAAAAAAUCCCUUUUUUGUAUUAGCCUUAAGUAAUAUUCUAAUUUUGUGACACACGGAAUUUUGGAUUUUCAUUUGUUGCCACUUCAAAUCAUCAAAAUUAAAUGAAAUAAACAUUUGAAUGCAUCAGUCUGUGUGCAAUGAAUAAAUAUAAUGUACAAGUUACACCUUUUGAAUGCAAUUACUGAAAUAAAUCAAGUUUUUCAAAAUAUUCUAAUUUACUGACUUUUACCUGUACAUAAGGUUAGAGUACUAUCAAUACCAGAUCAAUAUCGCCAUCUGCCGGCCCUUUGGCUAGUGUAACAGUAUCUUUUCAGCUGCUGAAAAGUAGCUACUGAUAAUCUUUAGUGGUUCUAGUGAGCUAUGGUACUUUUCUGCUGUGGGAAUUCCAUACUGAAUCCUUUAUGCUUAGUCAAAAUACAACAUUUAACAAAUUAAACUGACUAAGGACAAGACUGAUCAUUGUGAUCAACUGAGCAAAAGCUUACCACAUUAAAUCUAGACUAGUAGACAAGACCAUGAGUAUGUUUAUGUCACAGUCAGGGACUGCCAGUAGAGGUUAUAAACGGAAGUCACAUCAGCCUGUUAACUGCUAUUUCAUCCUAUUGAGACAAAUCUCUCCUCCACUCUUAUCCUCCACUCCCAUCCUCCUGUGCUCUCUUCCUUGGUGUCUGCCAUCAUUCCUCAGUUGUAUUAAUUACUGUUGGAGGCAUCCAAGCAGCAGGGCGUCCUGCAUCCCUAUAAAUAAUUUGUUAAAAGGAUGCCUCAUUCAGCGGUAUAGCACUCAUACAGUAUAGUGCUCACACUCCAGUCUUCUGUAAUGGUUCAUUGUUCCAUUGAAGUCAUUACCGUCAUAUCUGUUAGACAUGAUAUUUCGUUAUGUUUAUUAAUGGUGGAGUCUGUUGAAUUCUGAAACUUAGGCUAAAUGUGUGACUCUUGUCAACUAUUGCUGUCUUGAACGGCAGAAUAGAAUGGCAGUUUUGUAAAAGGAGUUUCUGCUAUAAGACAAAGACGAUACUAAUGUCAAUCAGUUCAUUCAGGAUAACAGCAGCAUGUAAUUCAGUGAAGGGCUAGUUUAUACACUGCCCCUUCUAGUCAACCACAAAAGAGCAUUCAUUUAGCAGAUAAUAGCUAAUCGAUGCUUGCUUCGAAGUGUUUUUCUUGACAGUGCUUUGGCUUAUGUUUACAAAUGCAAUAGAAGUUAUAGUGAAUUCAUUAUGUAGCAUCAUCCUUGGUAACAGAUUGUGUCACUGGAUUUAUGCAGCAGUAAUAGAUGUUAUAGAACAAUGUUUCUGUGAAGUUCCUGACUUAUUGGGUUUCUAUGUUGUAGUACAAGAUAUACUGUUAGCUUUGUUCACUCUAUGGGAGUGACACUCCAAGUCAUCUCUCAACAUUGAGUCACUUAUGGGUAGUUCCACCUAAAAAAGCACAAGAAAGAGGAUUUCGACACCCACCGGGUGAUUCUCAGAAACCAGUUUUAACCAUGGCAGUAGCAAAUUGAGUUAGAAAACCAUUAUGUAUCUGCAACAAUCAACUAUCAUUCUGAAUACUAAGAUGCCUAGUUUAUGGCAUAGUGUCUCAUUUUAAAUACAUUUUAAAGACUUUGGAGAAAUUACUUUUUCUAAAUAAAAUAGUCAUUCUUUAAUGCUUAAAUCCACUUUUCAUUUUUGAAAAUACAUGCACAUAAUUACAGUACUUAUACCUAUGCUAAAAUAAGGGGUAUUUUAGUCAAUUGCAUUAAGAUCAGAUUUUGUUUUGUUUUAUGCAAAUCGUUUGGGAUUAACAAGUGACACAGUUUGAUAAUGUGUUGAGUUACUAAAUCUCAAAUAAAGCUCAGUACAGUUUUUCAAUGGCAAACUAUGAAACACUCAUUACCGACACAUGCAUUCUCAUCUCCGAAACCUGCUUAUCAUUACCGUAAUGCACCAACAUUUAGGAAAUAUAUUUAGGAAAUAGUCAUAUCCCCCUGUUCAGAGUAAUUAGUCAUAAACGCGAUCGAUAAAAGACAGAACUGCGCAGCCGUCUUCAUCGACCUGGCCAAGGCUUUCGACUCUGUCAACCACCGCAUUCUUAUUGGCAGACUAAAUAGCCUUGGUUUCUCUAAUGACUGCCUCGCCUGGUUCACCAACUACUUCUCAGAUAGAGUUCAAUGUGUCAAAUCGGAGGGCCUGUUGUCUGGAACUCUGGCCGUCUCUAUGGGCGUGCCACAGGGUUCAAUUCUCGGGCCGACUCUAUUCUCUGUGUAUAUCAAUGAUGUCGCUCUUGUUGCUGGUGACGCUUGGAUCCACCUCUAUGCGGACGACACCAUUUUGUAUACAUCUGGCCCUUCAUUGGAAACUGUUAACAAACCUCCAAAUGAGCUUCAAUGCCAUACAACACUCCUUCCGUAGCCUCCAACUGCUCUUAAACACUAGUAAAACUAAAUGCAUGCUCUUCAACCGAACGCUGCUUGCACCCGCCCACCCGACUAGAAUCACUACUCUUGGCGGGUCUGACCUAGAGUAUGUGGACAACUACAAAUACCUAGGUGUCUGGUUAGACUGUAAACUCUCCUUCCAGACUCAUAUUAAGCAUCUCCAAUCAAAAGUUAGAUCUAGAAUCGGCUUCCUAUUUCGCAACAAAGCCUCCUUCACUCAUGCUGCCAAACAUGCUCUCGUAAAACUGACUAUCCUACCGAUCCUUGACUUCGGCGAUGUCAUUUACAAAAUAGCCUCCAACACCCUACUCAGCAAAUUGGAUGUAGUCUAUCACAGGGCCAUCCGUUUUGUCACCAAAGCCCCAUAUACUACCCACCAUUGUGACCUGUACGCUCUUGUUGGCUGGCCCUCACUACAUAUUCGUCGCCAAACCCACUGGCUCCAGGUCAUCUAUAAAUCACUGCUAGGCAAAUCCCUGUCUUAUCUUAGCUCACUGGUCACCAUAGCAACACCCACCCGUAGUCUGCGCUCCAGCAGGUAUAUCUCACUGGUCAUCCCCAAAGCCAACACCUCCUUUGGCUGCCAUUCCUUCCAGUUCUCUGCUGCCAAUGACUGGAACGAACUGCAAAAAUCUCUGAAGCUGGAGACUCUUAUCUCCAUCACUAACUUUAAGCGUCAGUUGUCAGAGCAGCUUACCGAUCACUGCAUCUGUACACAGCCUUUCUGAAAUUAGCCCACCCAACUACCUCAUCCCCAUAUUGUUAUUUAUUUUGCUAAUUUGCACCCCAGUAUCUCUAUUUGCACAUCAUCUUUUGCACAUCUAUCAUUCCAGUAUUAUACGAAAUUGUUACUAUUUUGCAAUAUGGCCUAUUUAUUACCUUACCUCCAUAACUUACUACAUUUGAACACACUGUAUAUAUAUUUUCUGUUGUAUUUUUGACUUUAUGUUUUGUUUACCCCAUAUGUAACUCUGUGUUGUUGUUUUUAUCGCACUGCUUUGCUUUAUCUUGGCCAGGUCGCAGUUGUAAAUGAGAACUUGUUCUCAACUGGCUUACCUGGUUAAAUAAAGGUUAAAUAAUGUCCCAUCCUACGUCCUGAUAUUACCUGGUUCUGACCACUAGAUGGUGCUGUUCCAGGUGAUUUUAUUUUUAAGAAAAAAGUAAUCUAACAGCAAAUUCACUGAGAAUACAUUAAAUAGGAUGAAGAAAACAAUACUUAAAGCCACAGCCCAUACUACUUGUCAGACAUGGAGAACUGAUACUGUAUACUCGUUGGGGUGGGAUGUGGGGGGUGGCUUUUGACUAUUUCUUUGGAUUCCUCAUGUCUUACUCAUUGUUAGAAAAAAGAUUGGUCUAAAUCGGAUGUUAGGUACUAUAUUUAUUGAAUAUUAUAUGAAUUCUAUAAGUUAAAAUGGCCAAUUUGGGGGCAAUCAAUCUGCGUAAUUUCUCAGAUCAAAUUAUAUUUCAGCAAAAUAAUGUUGUAGGAAUGCUAAUCUUAUCUGUUUCUAACUACAUAAAUGAUUUCAGAACAAUCUGAGAUGGUGGGAGUCAUGGCUUGCUGAAAUGACAUGGAACGACCCCUACAAGAUAUUAGCAUUCCACUUCCUUUGUCUAAAGCGAGUUUUACCAGAAAUGACUCAAACUGAAUAAUUCAUUUAAUGGAUAACAGCAAAGGCCUUUCAAUUGUUGGCUGUUUGACAAAACAAAUUAUAUGCAUCAUGAUUUUAUGAUUAACUAGGCUAACACAAAAAUUCCACACCUGUGCUUAUCGAAUCCAUAGAGGGAUCCUUGCUUUCUGGCUAUUAGUUACGCCCAAUUUGCAGGAUAGGAGUGUUGUAGUUGUGUGUGUGUGUGUGUGUGUGUGUGUGUGUGUGUGUGUGUGUGUCUGUGAGAGAGAGUGACACACUGACCCAGUGAAUUAGCUAGAUGCCCUUACUGCUAUGCUAACACAUCCAGGCCAGGCUAUCAACAGCAGAUGGUAAUGUCUGGGCUGAGUGGGGAAAGUGAUAGCCAUGGCCAGACUGGACAUCACACCCACUAACACAGCAGGAGGGCUCUAAGCCUGUUGUGUGUAGGCACACUGUCCACAGUCUGUCGCUAGGCACUAACCAGGCUACAAUACUGUAGUCUGUAGUGUAUGUGGGAGACAACCAGAGGAUGGGGAGGCACUAUGUAGUCUAGUGCAUUUAUGUGUGUAGUAAUGUGUUUAUCUCAGGUUGAUUGUCACUGAGGCUACUUACUCACUAGCCUAUAUCAGUGCUGCUGUUAGGGAUGCUUGAAUAGUGUGCUUUUACAAACAUGACAUAAAAACUGUUUUGGCAGGAAUGUCAGUUGGACCAGGGUUCCCCUCAAAGCCGACAGACUAAAGCUCCAAACUAGUAUGGCUAAUCAUAAAAGUGAGAUUACACGGAGAUGCCCAUUGAAUUGGCCACAUCGAUGGAUGUAAUUCUGACCUCUUAUAGGCCAGGCUUUUUUCCUAGCCACUGUGCUUCUACAUCUGCAUUGCUUGCUUUUUGGGGUUUUAUGUUGGGUAUCUGUAUAAGCACUUUGUAACAACUGCUUUUGUAAAAAGGGCUUUGUAAAAUACAUUUGAUUUGAUAAAUACAUUUGAAAAGGCAGUGUGUUUAUUUUAGGAAUACUCAGCUUUUGUGAACUUGCAAUGUUUUUUCUUCAUAUUUUUGGACAUGUAGGCUACAUGGCAAUUUUUAGUACCCUAACAUUCUGGUUCUACUAAACGUGGGCCAAAACUGACCGCAGAGACAUUUUGACCAGAGUAAUUGAAUUGACUUGCUUUAGAAUACUUAAACAGACUAACUUCAUAAACUCUCACCUGCCGUCUCCUCUCUCACUCCCUUUGUCAAUGUUGCUACGUCGCCACAGUUCAGAUACGUUUAGAUUAUACAACACACAGGUCUCUAGCCUUUUCGGUCAAACAUUUGUUUUCAGUCUACAACGCCACGUUCCAACAAAUAACAGAAAAGAGACCACAUUCCAACAAUACUGUCUGUAUAGACAAUGAAACAUUGACACUUCACUUCCUUAUCACUUCUGUAUACACCUGUAGUUUCUCACUUCCCCCUCUAUAUAUUUACACUAGAACAACAGCGCAUUCCAACAACACAAUGCAUUGCAACAUUGGCACAUCACUUCAUUGACACACCUACAUCUGUAGCCUAUACCUAACCAUCCAAACCCCUUAUCUCCCAGCAGCAUGCGGCGAGAGCUGCAUCCAUUCUAGAAUGAAGAAGAGCCCGGCGCACCGUUGCAGGGACAUCGAGAGGCAAGCCGGUUACCUGCAGCCCGAGCACUGCGCCCCUCCCCCGACCUGCCCCCGCUCCGACGCCAUUUGGUUCAUCCGCGACUGCUGUGGCAUCGUGUGUGGCGUCAUCACCUGGUUCCUGGUGUUCUACGCUGAGUUCGUGGUGCUCUUCGUCAUGCUGCUGCCCGCCAAGAACCUGCUCUAUAGUCUAAUCAACGGGGCACUGUUCAGUACCCUUGCCUUCCUCGCCCUGGCUUCGCACGCCCGGGCCAUGUGCACAGACCCGGUUAGUCUGGCUGGCUGGCUCUGUCUGUCUGUGUCAGUGAUUCUGUUGCUUUGUUCCAAUUAUCUCUCCUACUAUCCCCCCCCCCCCCCCCCUCGAGAGUCCACUCACUGACUCACUGGCUGCGUCCCAAUAAUAUCUCCUUUCUCCUGAAGAGUGCACUUGUUCACUUCCCUUCACUGAUUUGAAAGGAAAUGACUGGAAUAAAAAAGAUGGUGGAUAUUCCCACUAGCCCAUGCCUCCACCAAUCCAAUGCUUUUAGGUUUGUGGGCAGUAGUGAACGAGUGCACUCUUCAGGAGAAAGGAGAUAUUAUUGGGACGCACCCCGUGAGUGGACUCUCGGGCUAAACUGUCAAAUGCAGUGCUUUCAGUCUUGAAAUAAGUUGUCUUCACUAGAAAACCUGCUUGUAGAGAACUCCUUCAAAACUGUGUGUAUUGUUUUCAGAUAGGUGUCAGAUAUGAAUGAAUGCCCCUGUCCUAACCCAUGCCUCUCUCCCAGGGUGCGGUGCCUAAAGGGAACGCGACCAAGGAGUUUAUCGAGAGCCUGCAGCUCAAGCCCGGUCAGGUGGUCUACAAAUGUCCCAAGUGCUGCAGUAUAAAGCCUGACAGAGCUCACCACUGCAGGUACAGUACAGGACUGCUUCAGUCUAGUCUAGAAAGCCCUGGAAUGGCUAUCCCAUUCCACUUAUUUUCCAAUGUUCUCUCCUGCCAAUGUUGUUUAGCCUCAGCCCUGCUGCAUUACUAAUACCCACUGGUACUUACUAGAUGGCUAAGGAGUUCCCCGGACUUUGAAGUGCUUAACCUAGUUUCAAGGGGACGAACAUGGCUUAAACAAAGGGGACUAGUUGAAGUAGGAAUUAGGAAAAAGUUGAUAGCAACACAAAAUAAUGUGAAUUGAUGUGACAUACAGUAUGGUGUCAUGAUAUUUAUACUAUCACACUUCUUACACCUUCAGAGAAUACCAUGGUAUCAGAGCACCUCUAUUAAAGCAUAUUGCAGCUCCAUAUGGCAGAUGAUUGAUGAUGAUGUGUCGGGGCCUAGUUGAGUUGUCAGUCUGCUACCCUCUCCCUCAGAUAAUAUAUCUCCGCCGUGACUCCCCUGUGUGAUGGAGAGUACAGUCCAGCUCAGCAGGUUAUUCCCAUCUCUCACCUCCAUCAAUGUCAACAUGGUGUUUGUCCCAAAUGUAACCCUAUUCCCUAUAUAGUGCACCUGUUUUGACUCUGGUCAAAAUGUAUAAGUCGCUCUGGAUAAUAGCGUCUGCUAAAUGACGUAAAUGUAGGGUGCCAUUUGGGGCGCAGCCAGUGUGCACCAUGCAGCUAAAGGUGGCUAGAAGGAGUGGAGUCUCUCUCCACUCACUCUGCUGUGUUGUUGUGCGUGUUUGAAUUCAUUGAUAAUUAACUAUGCAUUGUGGCUGGUCUUCAUGCGUCCAGAAGGAGCAGCUUGUGUAGGUCACGGUUUGGCUCAUAUUUCCAGGCCUCUUUUGUAUGUGGCUGUACCCUGCUUUCAUGUAAUGUCCUCGUAUGUGUGUGUGUGCGUAUGCCCCUCGCAGUGUGUGUAAACGCUGUAUCAAGAAGAUGGACCACCAUUGCCCAUGGGUAAACAACUGCGUAGGAGAGAAGAACCAGAAAUUCUUUGUGCUUUUCACAGUGAGUGUUUUAGCCUCGAGCUACUCAGCUAUUACUCAAAAAUACAUUCUCUACAAGCCAUUAUUGACUCACUCACAUGAGAUGUUGCUACUUGUCUCAGUAAUCAUACCUUACAGUUAAUGCUGACUAAUUGAAAUAUCCAUAUCCUCCUACAAACCUGCAAACUCUCGCCCACAUUCACCAAUACAUCACAUUAUUCCAUUAUGUACAAAAUCUUGAUAAAAUAAUAAAUAAUACAUUUUCAAAAUAAGAGUACUGCAUGGUUAACUAAUGUAAUGUUACUACUGUGUUACCUGAUGAGAUGUAAUAUUUGUCUCCCUUCAGAUGUACAUUGCUCUGAUAUCCCUCCAUGCCCUGGUCAUGGUGGCCUUCCAUUUUAUCUUCUGCUUAGAGUCAGACUGGACGAGUGAGUACCAUGCUGUUCGGCUAUGUGUUAGCAUGCUAUGUCAAAUUCACCAUACUGUUUUUAACUUUGCGUGGUUAGUCUGCAACAGAGAAACACAUUUGAAUGGAUUUGGUGUUGUGGUUUCCAUUUGUAAUUAUUUAUUUCCACUACCUCAUAAGUGUCAUGUUGUCUUCCUUUCCAGGACCCUAAUUGUUCUCCUUUCACAUCCUUUGAUUGACUCUCUCUUUGUUAAAGCAUGAUUUAAUUGGUCAAUGACACAUACAGGAUAGAAGCUUUUGUUUCUCAUUUCCUGCCCCCUAAGAGGGAAUCCAGCACACCUGUCCUCAGCUUCUAGAGUCUAGACCAUCAGUGCCCUCCAGUUGAAACCUCUCUCUCCCUUCCCUCCCUUCUCCUCUCCUCCCUCACUCGGCCCUCCCCAGAGUGCAGUACAUUCUCUCCUCCUGCGACCGUCAUCUUCCUCAUCCUUCUCUGCUUUGAGGGACUCCUCUUCCUCCUUUUCACCUCAGUGAUGUUUGGGACCCAGGUCCAUUCCAUAUGUACUGAUGAGACGGUAAGUGAACUGAACACGCCACUAGCAUCCCUUUGUUCGCAUUCACUCCCUCACUCCAAUGCUCCUCUCUUCCUUCUUAACCAUCGCUGCUUUUGCAGGUUUGGGGUCGAUUCCAUUUUAAAUUUAGGAAGUCAACUGGAAUUUCAGUUUACUUCCUGAAUUGAAAUGGUAUUGACCCCAACCAUGCUGCUUAGUUAUUAGAUUCGGAUUGCCCAUAGCUUUAUUCAGGUUCUUGAUGGAACUGUCCCCAAGAUAAGUAUCCAGGAUUAUUUUGAGACACAUCAUUAUGUCUCCUGCUGAUGUUUUUCCUGUUUGAUCUUAUCUACAGGGCAUAGAGCAGUUGAAAAAGGAGGAGAGAAGAUGGGCUAAAAGGACAAAGUGGAUGAACAUGAGGGUGAUAUUUGGCCAUCCGUUUUCUAUAGCCUGGCUAAGUCCCUUUGCAACACCUGACCACGGGAAGGCAGACUAUUACCAGUACGUUGUCUGAGAGAGGAAGCCAAGCUCCAGCACCCAUGCUACCAGCCUGUCUUUCAGGGUGCGGACUGAUGAUACGUACAGGCGAUAGUGUUCCCACCGCCUGACUUCACUGAGUAUAAACUCUUCUGACACUUCUUCUCCUUUUCUGUUUUUGAUCAUUUUUAAAUUUCAGGGUCUUCUUCUUUGUGAAUAAAAUCUUUAUCUGCCUGUUUUUAAUACUUGUCACCUAUUUUGGUUUCUUUCUUUGCCUGGUGCUGAUUUUGAUAUCUGUAUGAAAUAUAAGUUAUUUUCCAUUCUGUUCACAAUCACAGCCAAGCUCUGCAAAACCAUCAACUGUAAAAUGAGUCUCUGCUUUUCUCACGUUUACCAUUAAAGAAAGCACCUGCUGAUGUAACCUGGCCAGAGCCUGUAUCUGACGUGGCUAUAAACUGGGCUUUACCUUUGGGAUAGAAAUGGAGACGCUCUUAAACCCAAAGUACAGUAUUUCCUGUAUUUGGUCAUGUCCUGUUUGAGGACUAGGCAUAAACAAAGCAAACGCAUGAGCUGAAUUCAGAUUGGCUUUUCAGUGGCCAAAAACAAUCAGUUCCAAUAGGCAUAUUUUGUCUUCCAAUGUUGCAGUACCUUAGCCUAAAUGGUGUAAGCUAUAGCCUUGGUGCCAGUGCCACACUGUUGAAGUACUACCGACCCACAAGGCAUUACAUUUGCUUUUUAGACCAGCCAAAUCUUUUGCUGCAUUCUGCAGAUUCUUUAAGCUGCUCCCUCUAAGCUGUGCGCGGCCGCGCACCUCCUCCAGGACUGCCGCACAGAAGAAAUGGCAGGCCGCGCAGAGACUGGAGAGAUUGAACUUCACUGAGUUCGCCCCAUUAGUUUGCACUAUAUAGAUCAACGUUUUUUCUGUGAUCUAAUCAACAUUAUAAACUGGUUGGUUCGAGCCCUGAAUGCUGAUUGGC